UUUUAAAACCCUUCCCCCCCCCCCCCCCCCCCCAAAAAAAAAAAAAAAAAAAAAAUUCUGAUAUCUCUCUGUGAGAGGGGAUGGCCAUCCCUGACCCCUAACUUGGUUUCCCGUGGAACCACCCCGAACCGAAACUCCCCAAUAAACUCGCUCUGGGAAACAUGAUUUACGAGCCUUGUUUCCAAGACUAGAGACAGCUGUAGCAAGCGCGAGGGCUUAAAAUCCGCGUGCUUGUGUCACCCCAUCAUGUUGAGCAACAUCACGUAGUCCCAUGGGGCUGGGGUGGGUGCGGUGUGACUCCGGAUGGAUCGGAUCUUGUUUUCGAGUUUGGAGAAUCCCGAUGGCUUGACAGGGGGAGAUGAUGGUGUGGAAAGAAAUACAAAUGGCACCUGCAUCGCCUAGGAACCUGGGAUUAGGAGACGGUUCGCCCCCUUCAUCUCACGGGACUCCUCUGCCACAAGUGACUUGGAAUACUACAGCUGACGUCUUCCUCGCCAAGAUGGUAUCUGCAAGCGCGAACCUGACACAACUCUUCCGCACCUACAUCACAGCUCUGCACAUUCUCCAUUACCAUGGCGUUCUCGAUGCAUAUGGCCAUGUCGGCGUCCGGAAUCCCAACAACGCAUCCACGUUCUUCCUAUCUCGCAACCUCGCGCCCGCUCUCGUGAGCUCUCCUUCCGACAUUGUGGAGUACCGCAUCUCGGACGCCGAGCCAGUGCGGCCCGAUGCGCCCAAGGGGUUCAUCGAACGAUACAUACAUAGCGAGAUCCUGAAGCGGUUUUCGGGGAUCAAUGCUGUGGUUCACAGCCAUUCGCCCAUCAUGACCUCGUUCAGCAUCAGCCAUGUUCCGCUGAAACCGGCGAUCCAUCUGGCCGGGUUUCUAGGAGAGGACAUUCCCGUUUUCGACAUCUCAAAAUACUAUAACGCGACGGAUAUACAGGAUCUUCUCGUCCGAAGCGUCCCGCUUGGGGCUGCGCUAGCGAGAGUAUUCUCGGACGGGAGCGCGAGGCGUAGGCUGCCGGAUCACUAUGUCGUUCUGAUGCAGAGCCACGGCUUCACCACCUGUGCCGAGGACCUGGAAACGGCCGUGUUCCAGGCCAUCUACUCGCAGAACGACGCGACCGUGCAAUCAGACGCCCUUGGGAUCAAUGCCGCAUACCGUGCUGAAGGCAACGAUCGCCUUGCCGGGCUCGUCUAUCUCACCGAACGCCAGACCAGGGAUAGUUGGGAAACGGAUCGGGGAACCAUCGACAGGCCGUGGGCGCUGUGGACUAGAGAGGUCCAGGUCUCGCCGCUCUAUGUCAAUACAAUAGACUAGGCCAACUCCGUCCUGCUGUGGCCUUUAUGCACCCAUGUACCCCUGAGAGGCCUCACACUUCUGAUGGGCAUGUCGAAAAUUGACAACGAUGGUGGGUGGGAUGAAGGUCAGAGUGGUGAAAACACAAGAUAACGCAGCAAGGGUUUCCAUCAUGUGGUUUUGUUUUCUCACAAGAGCCUACUAUGAUGAACUGGUUCCAAAGGCUCUCCAAUUAUCGUUUUGGGAUGCCCUUCUCGAGUUGCACAUGUAUAGAUCUCGAGUGAGGACCAAGCAGCUAUUUCCAAUGGGACAAAUAAUUCAACGUUUAGCA